AUGGCCGGGCUGAGAAACCGCUCUACGUGGGAACCACUGCUGCUCAAGGCCUCCUGCAUCAAGUCCUGUGCCAACGGCUGUUCCAUGGGCAUCACUGCACACCUCACAUAUGCCAAUGCUGACGUAGAGUCUGUAGAAGGUGUGUUUGUGUACCCUCUUGGGGAAAAGGAGGUUGUGGUGGGCUUUGAAGCUGUGAUUGCAGGCCGGCUGGUGGGGGUCCAGAUCCAGAACCGAGGGAAGCUGAAGGACUGCUGUUUGGAUUGCUGCCCGGCGUCUGGUCUUGAUGGACACUGCGGGAAUGGUCGGGAGUGGGGCUGCUGUGGGAGCUCCAGCCUAGACAUGCAAUGCACCAACGGACAUCUCCUCCUGGAUGAAGACCUUGAAAGAACCACCUUCAUCGUGGGCACGGGGGUAAUCGGCCCCAUGGAUAUAGUGUCCAUCAUCAUAAGCACCACACUAGAACUCCCCACAUUAGAAAACGGAGCAAUCCGCAUCGUCUACCCCACGCUGCUCACCCCCAUCGUGACGGGCCAGAUGACUCCGAGCAAGAGUGAAAAUGGAGGGAAAUCUGACGAAACUGGUGCAACCAGCUGUUUUGGUGCCACCUCAGGAAAACAAGACCGGGUCUCGGACUCCGAGCAGCAGUGUGCCCACGCCAUCUUCACCUGUCCAGCUGCCAACCUGGCUCCUUAUGAACUCAACUUCCAGCUGCUGGUCAGAGGGGCUUGUCUGCUGGCUGGACUGGAGAGCCCCACUCACGCUCUGAGGGCUGAUGCAGAUCCUAGUGCCCAAAGUGCCUCUGCCACAUACAUCACUUUGGCACAGGAGCAUCCAUACAACAGAAACAUCGAGAUCAUUUUGCACCUCAGUGAACCUCACAGCCCUCUGGUCAUCUUAGAGAGAGGCAGGCUCUCUUUCAACCAAUACGAACAGCAAAUCAGCUCCCGCCGUGAUUUCAUUCGCUGCACUCGCAAAGACUCAGAUCCAGAGAGGAAGCUGGAGUUUGUGAGGAAGCGACACCAUAAGGACAUUUUGAGCAGCCCCGUUCUGAUGCUUAAUUUCUGUCCCGACUUGCUGUCCGAUCCUCUGGAGCUGCAUAAAGCCACCAGAGAGCUGCUGUUUCUGGUUGAUCGCAGUGGCAGCAUGAGUGGCACCAACAUCCAUCGUGUAAAGGAAGCCAUGGUGGUGGCCCUGAAGAGUCUGCCAUCUGGCACCAUGCUCAACAUUGUGGGCUUUGGUACCACCGUCAAGCCCCUGUUCACCAACAGCAAGAUGUGCACUGAUAUAACCCUGAUGCAGGCCUGCGAGUACGUCCAGAGGAUGAGGGCUGACAUGAGAGGCACAAACCUGCUGGGGGCACUGUCCUGGCUGUACCAGCAGCCCAUGCAGCGCUCGUAUCCUCGUCAGGUCUUCAUCAUCACGGAUGGAUCCAUCAGCAACGUGGCUAAAGUGCUGGAGCUUGUACGCAGAAACACAUGCGCUGGCAGAUGCUUUGGCCUCGGCCUUGGUCCCCGAGCAUGCAGGAGACUCCUGCAGGGCGUUGCCAAACUGACAGGAGGGACUACUGAGUUCUUGGAUGAUGAGGAGAGACUCCAGCCCAAGUUAAUCAAGUCUCUGAAAAAGGCUUUUGAACCUGUGUUGACCGACGUACGGAUUGACUGGUAUCUGCCGGAAAACAUGGAGGCUCUUCUGUCACCCAAUGAAAUCCCUCCGCUCUACCCCGGGAAUCGCCUCAUUGGAUAUUGCACUCUUUAUGACAUGACGAUUUUCAGAGCAAAAAAGACAGAGUCUCAAGGACGGAGCUGUAGUUUACAUCGUGGCUCCUCUGGUUCAGUUUUUGACCAAUCAAAUGAUGAGCUUUCACCUCCUCCUGCUUCUGAGCUCAUGCCCAUCGUGACAUGUGCAGAUGGCACUGACUUGGAAGAGGCACUUCGGGAAAUAUCCAGAGAAAUCUCCUCUGAGUUCUCUUGUGCCAAAGACACAGACCCUGGCACCAGUCCAGGUGUGGAGCUGGACUGGUCCAGUGAUGUGAGGAGGAGGAUCCAGGAGAGCUCUUACAUUCAGGAGCAGUACGUCCUCACUCGCUGCUCCCUCAGUAGUGAGCGAAGUCUACAAACGCAGUCCCACUCACACAUACAUGCAUCAAACUCAGACUCAGCAGCCGGCGCCUUUCUGCCCGACCCUCACUCCUCCGGUUCAGUGCUGGAUACAGGCUCUCUACCCCAAGGCCUCGAGAAGAUGCCCCCACCGGAACAGAGGUCAUCCUUGUCUCGCUGGGCAGACUCAGCAUGGCAGCAAAAUCUUUCAGCCGAAACCCCCGACAGUGAGACAAAAAAGAACGGGCGUCUGGAUGGAGGCGAGGAGUCUCGUAGGAGACAAAAAGCACUGGCCCGUUCAACCAUGGCAGCGCGGAGUUUCUCGUCUCCCCAGGGUGAACUGGAGAUGCACCGCCUGAGGAGAGCUCUGGAGAGGGUCUCCUUUGACCAAACAUUAGGAGGGAGACUGGACGAAAGUGAUGGGGAGACGGUGCCCCCAUCAAUAGGGACCAUUACCCACAGAAGCCUCACUGACUCCAAUGGACUCCUGUUCCCUGCCUCUCCUCUGGACUGGGACAGCUUCACAGACCCAGAGUAUCUCUUCACUGCUGCUCCACCAGACGAUCCUCCCCCAGGUCAGUGCCGCUCCCUCAUUCACGGCCUACUGAGCGGCAGGCCUGUGUCCUGGGAGGUCACCGUGGACCUGGGCCACCUCUGGACCCCUGAGGACCAGGACAUCACAGAGGUUGAGGGAAGUGGAGGAGGAGGGGAAGAAGGAAGAGAAGGCAAACCGUGGGAAGAGAUCAUUCACCAGCUGACUGCUCGCUCAGUUAUAAGGGACUUUGAGAAAAUGGCAGAGAAGGAGAGUGACAUCGGACACGGUUCGGCUAAGCGACACCGUAUGAAGGCCAUCCAGACAAGUAAGCACUGCAACAUCAUCUGUAUGUACACAGCCUUCACUACCACUGACAACAACCCCAACAAAGGCGCAGCAGACAGCAUGGACGUCCAGACCACAGGGGUGCAUUUGGCGAACAGGCAGACUUCUCAAUCAGGGAGUCGCAGGCAGAGAUCCUAUUCUGUAGGUCUGGGCAGAAGACGAACCAGCAGAGACAGCGAAGAGGUCGAAGACACCUGGAACGCGACAGGUGGAGGAGGCAAUGCCCACUGUGCUACAUCUCCUCCAACAACCAGCGCCUCAUGCACCCGUUCACAGCGAUCCAUAGAGAGCAAGUCAAUGGAGAGCUUCUUUGGUACCAGGUUUCCACUGGGCAGACUCAGGUCUUCUAUUUCAUCAGGAAAGCAGGUUCCUCUCAAGUCCCACUGUUUAUCUGCAGAGACUGAGAAACAACCUGAAAAUGAAACUCCAGACUACCUGCCCCUGGUGCGUCUGCAGCUGGCAUCCGGAGCUUUUCUACUGACAGAGGUCUACUCUGACUGUGUCCAGAUCCCCCUGGACCGCCUUAAAAGAGCAUCACCAUACAGCCUCCACCGCCGCAGUCUAAGCCCAGCUUUCCGCUGCAUAUCACCCAGUGCUCCAUCUUUAUCUACCUCUGCUAAGCCUCCCUGUGCUCCUGCAAGCCACCAUGUUACCUUUUCCCCUUCUUCCUGCUCCCUUUCAAAACCAAAUGCUCCUCCUUUCCACCACACUCCAGAUGACACUCCCUUGAUACUGGAAUCAAGGCUUCGGCGAAGACACCUUUCUGACCGAGACCCCGUCACCUCACCUCCUGACCUCCCCAGCUCCGAGGAGGGCUCCUUGGAGCUGUCUGUCGGCCCCUCUCGGAGCCAGAGCCAGGGCCAGGCAGACAGCGGCCGUGGAUCAGAGACAGAUGUAUGCGAAGGCUGUUCGGUUGACCCAGCUGACCUCCAGGGGAGCAGCCAGUUGGCUCAAGAGGACCUGGAAGGCUCGAGCUGGGCCACAGCUGUGGCUCUAGCUUGGCUGGAGCACCGGUGUGCUGGCUACUUCAUGGAGUGGGAACUCGUGGCAGCGAAAGCCGACUUCUGGCUGCGCUGUCAGGAGCUGCCGGAGGGAGUGGACCUGGCGGGGCUCAAGGGAGCAGCCAGGCAGCUGUUCCUGCUGCUACGCCACUGGGAUGAAAACAUCAAACUGAACAUGCUGUGUUACAACCCCAAUAAUAUGUGAGACAAUCAUGUCAGAGCUAGCUGAGCCACAUCUACUGAUGAGCAUAAUCACAUGUUACCAAUGAUAGUGACUCCAAACGCCUGGACAUGGAAAAGUAAACUGUGUAUUUUAUUAACUGAUACUGUAACCCAAGGUACCAAGAUCAUUCUAAUUUUACAUGACAUAGACCAAGUGGCCUUUUAUUAUUAAUAUGCUUUAUGCAAUCACAAGAAUGCCUUGACUAUCUGAAUGGGCUUUUUGUAGUCUACGUUUCAGCUUGCCGUCCGUAUAUUGUAUUACUAUGCCAAAUGUUUAAUUAGAGUCAGUAUCAGAUGAUGAUGAUUUUAAUAAUCAGGAUGAUUGUUUGAUAAAUGAAUGAAAGAUUACCUAAUGAAAUUACUGAAGGGGAAAUAAACAGCAAUUUAACCA